CCGGCCAGGGGCCCCGAACCCGGGUCGGAGGACGCCGAGCCUGCCCGCCCGCCGCGCGCCGCCAUGGACGCCCGGGAGCUGCAGCCCGACCUCGACGGCGGGGGCGCCCCUGGCCACGAGCCCGGGGACGGCCCCCAGGACGAGUUCGACUUCUCCAUCCUCUUCUAUGACUAUGACUAUUUGAAUCCCAUCGAAGAAGAACCGAACGCACAUAAGGUCGUCGGCCCACCCUCCGGACUCCCGUACCCCGAUGAUGUCCCGGACUAUGGCCUCAAGCCAUACAGCCCCCUGGCCAGCCUGGCUGGCGAGCCCCAGGCCCGGUUCGCAGAGGCCGAGAGGGUGGGUGCGCAGAGCUUUCUGAGCCCCGCGCCGCCAGCGGGGGCCUCGGGCCUGAGCCCUCGGAUCGAGAUCACUCCGUCCCACGAACUGAUGCAGGCAGGGGGGCCCCUCCGCAUGACAGACUCGGGCCCGCUGGGCCAGCCCCCCGCGCCCGGUGCCAGCCCGCGCGUCACGCUGCCCGUGCCCGGCUUCGAGGGCUACCGCGAGCCGCCUUGCUUGAGCCCCGCUAGCAGCGGCUCCUCUGCCAGCUUCAUUUCCGACACCUUCUCCCCCUGCACCUCGCCCUGCGUCUCACCCAAUAACGGCGUGCACGACGACCUGUGUCCGCACUUUCAAAACAUCCAUGCUAAUUAUUAUUCCCCCAGAACGUCGCCAAUAAUGUCACCUCGAACCAGCCUCGCCGAGGACAGCUGCCUGGGCCGCCACUCGCCCGUGCCCCGUCCGGCCUCCCGCUCCUCGUCGCCUGGUGCCAAGCGGAGGCAUUCGUGCGCAGAGGCCUUGGUUACCCCGCUGCCCGGAGCCUCACCCCAGCGCUCGCGGAGCCCCUCGCCACAGCCCUUGCCUCCCGGGGCCCCCCAGGAGGACGGUGCCCGGGCCGUGUACUCGCCUGCGGUUGGCUCCUCUGUCCUCAUGGAAGCUCUGAACAGCCUGGCGGCGGACUCGCCGUGCGGGAUCCCCCCCAAGAUGUGGAAGACCAGCCCCGACCCCACGCCCGUGUCCGUGCCCAAGGCCGGCCUGCCGCGUCACAUCUACCCGGCCGUGGACUUCCUCGGGCCCUGCGAGCAGGAGGAGAGGAGAAACUCGGCCCCCGAGUCCAUCCUGCUGGUGCCCCCAACUUGGCCCAAGCAGCUGGUGCCGGCCAUUCCCAUCUGCAGCAUCCCGGUGACUGCAUCCCUCCCUCCACUUGAGUGGCCAUUAACCAGCCAGUCGGGCUCCUAUGAGCUGCGAAUUGAGGUGCAGCCCAAACCCCAUCACCGGGCCCACUACGAGACAGAAGGCAGCCGGGGGGCCGUCAAAGCACCGACGGGCGGCCACCCUGUGGUCCAGCUCCAUGGCUACAUGGAGAACAAGCCUUUGGGGCUUCAGAUUUUCAUUGGGACAGCUGAUGAGCGGAUCCUCAAGCCUCACGCCUUCUACCAGGUGCACCGGAUUACGGGGAAAACGGUCACCACCACCAGCUACGAGAAGAUCGUGGGCAACACCAAAGUCCUGGAGAUUCCUCUGGAGCCAAAGAACAGCAUGAGGGCAACCAUCGACUGUGCAGGGAUCCUGAAGCUCAGAAAUGCCGACAUCGAGCUGAGGAAAGGAGAGACAGACAUCGGGAGAAAGAACACCCGGGUACGCCUCGUCUUCCGGGUGCACAUCCCUGAGUCCAGCGGCAGGAUCGUGUCCUUGCAAACCGCGUCCAACCCCAUCGAAUGCUCCCAGCGGUCUGCCCACGAGCUGCCCAUGGUUGAAAGACAGGACAUCGACAGCUGCCUAGUCUACGGGGGCCAGCAGAUGAUCCUCACAGGCCAGAACUUCACAGCCGAGUCCAAAGUCGUGUUCACGGAGAAGACCACAGAUGGACAGCAGAUUUGGGAGAUGGAAGCCACGGUGGACAAAGACAAGAGCCAGCCGAACAUGCUUUUUGUUGAGAUCCCCGAGUACCGGAACAAGCACAUCCGUGCUUCCGUGAAGGUGAACUUCUAUGUCAUCAAUGGGAAGAGGAAACGAAGCCAGCCUCAACACUUUACCUACAACCCAGUUCCAGCCAUCAAGACGGAGCCCAGCGACGAGUAUGACCCGACUCUGAUCUGCAGCCCCGCCCAUGGGGGCCUGGGCAGCCAGCCUUACUACCCGCAGCACCCGAUGGUGGCCGAGUCCCCCUCCUGCCUCGUGGCCACCAUGGCUCCCUGCCAGCAGUUCCGCUCAGGGCUCUCGUCCCCUGAUGCCUGCUACCAGCAACAGAACCCAGCGGCCGUCCUCUACCAACGGAGCAAGAGCCUGAGCCCCAGCCUGCUGGGCUACCAGCAGCCCACCCUCAUGGCCGCGCCCCUGUCCAUCUCCGAUGCCCACCGCUCGGUGCUGGUGCACACUGGCUCUCAGGCCCAGGGUGCAGCCCUGCUGCAGCCAUCCCCAGCCGGUCAGCAGGCCUCGCCGGUCAUCCACUACUCCCCCACCAACCAGCAGCUCCGCUGUGGGAGCCACCAGGAAUUCCAGCACAUCAUGUGUUGUGAGAAUUUCCCACCAGGCACCGCGAGGCCCAGCCAGCCCCCGGUCAGCCAAGGUCAGAGGCUCAGCCCGGGUUCCUAUCCCACGGUCAUUCAGCAGCAGAACUCCAGCCAAAGAGCCGCCAAAAAUGGACCCCCAGUGAGUGACCAAAAGGAAGUACUACCCUCGGGAGUGACAAUCAAACAGGAACAGAAUUUGGACCAGACCUACUUGGAUGACGAGCUGAUAGACACACACCUUAGCUGGAUACAAAACAUAUUAUGAAACAGAAUGACUGUGCUCUUUGAUCCGAGAAAUCAAAGUUGAAGUUAAUGAAAUUAUCAGGAAGGAGUUUUCAGGACCUCCCACCAGAGAUCAGACGUAGAAGCAGCCACU